GCUCCGAGAAAAUGUCAUUUGUAACCCCUAAACGAGCAAUUUUUCGAUUUUGUCAAACUUUGGAGGAUCAUAACUUUGUGCUCCGCAAUCCGAACGUCGCAAAGUUUUUUUUUAUUUUGCAUAACUUUUUGAGUACUACAACAUUUACAAGGAAUAAAUUUUCAAAAUAUGAAUAGUUUUUAAUAUAAGGGGUUUUGGGAGUAACUUUAACUUUAAUUUUCACAUUUUCACAUAUAUUCUGAAAAUAUUUCUAUUAUAAAAGUUGUAGUCCUUGAAAAGUUAUGCAAAAUAAAAAAAAAGUUUGCUACGAUCGGAUAACCGAGCACAAAGUUAAGGUGGUUGGAAAUUUCAAAGGAGUGGUUCGAGUUCUGGUUCGAGGCUUAUAUCAUCGAUCUACGAGUAGAUCGAGUCUCCUACACUCGAACCGGUUAGUAGUUCGAGUUUCUCAAACUCGAACCACUCCAAACUUAGGUAUUUUGGGAAAUUUUUUUAAAAGUGUGGUAGUUUAGGAAUUUGCUUUAGUUUUAUGUGUAUUUAGGGAAUUAAUCCUAAAGAGCUUUCCUACAAUCAAGGGAAGGGAAGGGAAUGAAUGGAAAUCUUUUCAAAGUUGAAAGCUAAAGUUGUGCUCUUCGCCAUACAUAUCGCUGCAACUCUAGUUUUCUUCCCAAUCCUUGUGAGCGAGGGUAUGGCAUCUCCGUACAACCCAGAAAGAGUCGAUAGAGGUGGCAAGGAGAAAGAUCACGAGGAUGAAGUCAUGGAUAGAUCAGUUGAUGAGGAACUUAGCAUCACAACUGUGAAGGUUGGGUAUCUCAUGAAGCAUUCUCGUCAACAAGAUUUUGCUAAGAGAGGCAAUUUUGCAUGAAGCAACAGAUGAAAUCAUCUCCGUUGACUUACGUGACUCCACAGAAUCAUCAAAUGCUAUCACUUACACAAAAGGAGUGCAAGAAUUAAAAAGGUAACUUAAUAGACUGUGAGGAUAAUUUGAGUAGUUCAAAUGCGAUGCCUUGUAGUUUUCCUAGAUGGCUUCUCCAUCGGAAUCAUGAUAUGGCUUCAGAAUCUUUGGUUGGCUGUUACCUUAUUGGCCAUCAUGCAAAUUCCUUCUGACUUUGAACUGGCAUCGAUUUAUACUCUUUGUUCUGCUUCUGUUUUGCAAACAUUUCGUGAUCAAUAUCGAUGCUCUGAUACUGACUACUCUCUGAAAGUUGUUCAUCAUUUCAGAUAUAUGGAGCAGCAUGCUGAAUGCUGUGUAAUUGAUCCACUUGAUAAAAUAUAUCCUGUUGUGGAUCGACUGAAAAUACAACAAAUUCUGAAUGGGUUGGAGGAUCUUAACAAAGGACGCUGCUGCACCAUCAGAGGGCCCAAUUUCCUAAAGGUGUUUUGAUUGAAAAUGGUAUCUAUUUGAUGCAGUAAAAUGGAAACUGAUAUCUUGUAAAUCAAUAAUGGAGAGAAGUUCUGAGGUUAGUAUGAAUUGAGUUCAAAUGUACAGGUUGAUGACUUCAAUGACCCCGAGAUGGAUCAAAGGCUAUCUGCUACGAAACUAUCCUUCCCAAGUAUAGUGAAACCCCAAGUUGCUUGUGGUGUUGCUGAUGCUCAUAGCAUGGUAAGAGUUGUCUCCUCAUAUUUUUAUUGCUGGUUUAUACAAUGUUGGUCAAGUAUCUUCGACUAGAAGUUGUGAUUGUUAUCUAAUUUACUGUAUGGAAAUUAGAUACUAUAAUUUCCUUUUUAUAUUUUCCUGGAUCUUACGAUACUCUUGGUCUGGAUUGCACGCUUAUCAUCUUAUUUGAAGAUGUCUUCAUCGCUUAUAAGGUUAUAUCUUAUUCUGGUAAAGGCACCAGAGAUCCCAACGUGCUGUUCAUUAUCCAAGUUUAUUUUGGUUGAAACAAUGACUGCUCUAGGAUGUUGGUGGCUCCAUUUCUCAAAUUUAACAGCAUCAUUCUUAUCAAUAUAAUUUCCAUGUCCAGGCGAUUGUCUUUAAAUCUGAAGAUUUUAAGAACCUAAGUGUUCCUCUACCAGCAGUUGCUCAGGCAAGUAUGGACAUUCUAGCUGCUUUUGUUAUGUAAAUAUUUUUUGGUUCUAAACUCUGAUUGAUACUUCUUAGUCACAAGACUUAAGCAGUUUAAAUUUAAUUAUAUUCGACUCUUGUUCGUAAAGUGACCUACUAACUGUAGUUUAUAAUGUGAUAGUCUUGGAUUUUUAUCACUUGAGUGUGCUAUUGAUUAACUGUAUCAUAGUGCUUGCCAUUUUAGCAAGUUAUAAAUGAUUGGUUUAGCG